AAAACCUAAUCGGCUAAACCUAAACCCCUUCUUCUUCUUCUUCUUCUUCUUCCUCUAGCUCUUGUAUUUGCAGCGAACGAGAGUGAGAGACGAUGGGAGGGUCACGAAGAAAAUACAAGAAAUCGAGAACCAAGGUUCGAGUAGGAUUACCGAAGAAGAACCCUAGGCUUUUCAAGCCUGCUUUCUCUGUUCCCCCAAAGCUCUUGAAAUCGAUACCUGAAUCUGAAUUCGACCCCAAAUGGGACGACAAAGGCAGCGUCAACGACAAUUACAAGUCCUUCGGUGUUCUCUCCGAUCCCAACUCCCUCACCAUCAUACCGGAAAUCGAUUCCCCCACUCAUCUCUCCGAUUCCGGCAGCGACCUCGAAGAAGACGAUUUGAAAUCAGCAUUAGGGAAAAGGCGAAGAGAUGGAAAGAGUGUACCCCCUCAACCUUUGACUGCAAUGCAACGUGUUCAUAUCACUCGUCUGGUGGAUAAAUAUGGAGAUGAUUAUCAGAGCAUGUUCAUCGAUAUAAAGCUAAACCCAAUGCAGCAUUCAGUUGGAACUUUGCAGAAACUGUGCCAGAGGUAUCACAUGUAUAAGAAUAAGAAUCCCCUGAUUUUGUCCAAGUGAAAAAUGUUCCCUCCCUAGAAUAGCUUUAUGAUGAAGGUGUUGGAACUUGGAAGCUGUAAUUUUGUGUCAUGGAAGGGGAAAUUAUUGGAUUGGAUCAUUGUGGCUCCAAAUUAGCAAAAUUUUGUGAGAGUAUGUUUUUUGUCUUAUUUUGAAAGCUGUAUGUGUUAUUUUAUUUUGACACUUUGACUCUUAAAGAGUAAGAUCAUUAGGAAAUGUUGUUGAUGCUUUGAAAUUUGCACAUGGGUGGAAUUUUGCUGUGAAGAUGCAUUCCCCCCCCUGAAGAAAAUCAAUGGUAGAUGUCAUUUGUUUUGGAUAGAAUAUGUUCAUAGCUAUUUUGUGCAUGAUACUGCAACAUUGCUAUGUUUUGGGAUGUUGCUUGAUUGUUGGAAAUUUCUAUAAGUUCUUCUAGGAUAUAUUUCAGAUCGGAUGUAUGUGGAAUUUAUCAUGCUCCCAGAGACAAAUUGAAUGAUCUGGAUUAUUGUUGAUGUCAUUAAUUGAUCAUGGGAUGUACUAGGCUUUUUGGUUUGU